GUUUUUCUUUCAAAAAACUAAAUAUUAUUGUUCAGAAUUGUCUUAAUAAGUUGAAGCUAGACCUAUAAAUCAUAGGUAUGCAUCCCUUGGAACCGACAUUGAAUAACUAUUUACCUUUAAAAAGAUUGUCUGCACUAGACAUAAUAGACAAUUAUCACAUCCGACGUGACCCGACCCGACCCAUUUAUAUCCAUUUUGCAGUGCCCCUCCUUGACAAAUGCUCUAGGUCCGUCACUAAUAAUCUUGGAAGAUGGGCAAGGUGGUACAAGUAUACUUAAUACUUCGAUGGGUUUUACUGUUUUUGGAGUUUAUCAGCUUGCAAAACAUGCUUUUCAGUUUUUCAGUACAUCAAGGGAAGAAGGUGUCAUUUGUAACAUCACAAGAGAGUUCAUGCUGCUGCAAAAACAAAGGGAACCAAGAUGAAGGUGAAAGAGUAGAAAUUGGAUCAGAUGAUAAGAAUGAUGCGUUAAUGCCGGAUUUAGGUGUGAUAUGCCUGGUGGAGGAAUACAAUUCAGUUUUGAUCGAUUGUGGGCAUAUGUCAUAUGUGUUGUUGUUUGGCAUGCUCUCCACACUUGACAGAUUGCUCGGCACUGCCGCAGACGAUUUGAAAAGCUAUUUUAAGCCAACGGUUUCACAUGUGAGAGCUAAAAAUGCACCACCAUAUGGCUGUUUCAUUAGCCUAUAUUUUGGAACUAUAAAUUCAAGACCUGUAUAAGUCACUGGCUUGAAAUGAAUUGCAGUUUUAAUUUGGUUAUUGCACUCCCCAGCUUUUCAUUCUGAAAGCAUUCUUACAGUUUUCAGAUGAUAAUGAUUGUUUUGCCUUCUUAUAUGAUCUUCCUGUGAGAUGUGCCGUGUUUGUGGACAUUCUGCCGCAAAGGGCAUCAAGACUAUAGCAUACU